AUGGACCUGCCCUUGGCAGAUCGUGAAAUUGCCGCCAGCCUUUUUCCUGGGCCAUAUUCCUCCGCAAGUAAUGCCAUAGCUACUACUAUUGAUAAAGAAUUACUCCGUCCUUUCAAGCAAUGCCUGGUUGAUAUAGAAGCGAAGAUAUUGAAUAGAGAUUCUGCCUAUGUUGGUGGAGAACAUCAAGUCGCCCUUUCCAAGAUUGCGGCAGAAACUGUAAGAAAGUGGGAACGGAGAUUCAUAUACUCGCGCACUCUGUUAGAAUUCAUAACAAAGAUGCCACCCCAAAGUGAUCGAGCUGAACGAAGACAGCCUUAUCCACAUGAGCUUAUAGACAAAUUACGAAAGGAUGAAGCAGUUGGCUAUGAAGACUUGAAGGAACUGGUUCAUAAUUGUCUGAUAUCUGUCGAGCGGACUUGGCUGGCUCAAGUUAGUUCAUGGAUAUUAUAUGGGCGUCUCCCACGUAAGUCGGCAAUGGAGUUUAUGAUUGCACGUGUUGCAACAACCGACACCCCUCAACAGCACAGUAGCCAAUUUAUCCUUCGCGAAUCAUUCAUGCCAAGUGCAUUUAUGAAUUCCACCAUUGGAAACAAUGUGUUUAUUAUUGGACAAUGCUUGUUCCAGAUGAAAGCUUUCAGCCAAAAUAUCAGUCGAGGUGUUGAUGGUAAGGCCUCUUUCGAUCUUGAUACUAUAGCCGAGCACAGUAAACUACUGUUCUCGACAAAGCUACCAAUAUCUGAAAAUGAGUUUCAUCGCAAAAUUGCAGCUAUUAAGACAUCUGUAUUCAAGAACAUUGUCAAAAACAUGUUACCAAUACCCAAUAUCCAACAGCUGUUUGCCCUAUUACGACGAAUAGCCCUAGCAGGGUCCUUUGAGUUUACAGAUUGCUUUCUUUCCAACAUAGAGCUUGAGAGAAGUAAAGGAACAACUGCAAAUUUUGAAGCACUCAGCUUUGAUUCUGGACGUAUAUUUAGACGUGCUUUAGCAGAGUUCACUGAAGACAGUUCCUCGCAGUCUGAUCGUGACCUUUACGAAAUUACUUCCAGAUUAGUCUCCUACAAUAUUGUGGAUGAAUCGAGACAAUCUGCACAUUCUGGGCAGUUUGAUGACCUAUUACUUGGUCUUCGAUGCAAAUUGAGCAUUAAAAUAGACUGGCCUCUCUAUAUUCUCGUUACAGAGCGAGAAUCAGAGCUAUACGGUGCGUUGUUUUCCUACUUCAUGGCGAUCAAGAAUACGAUCCGGAACUUGAAAGAUUUAUGGAAGGAAUUUCGAAACGAUCCAAAUCGCGCUUCGCGAGCCCCGAUUGCUAGCAAAGCCAAAGUGUUUCUUGAUAAUUUUUGGAAUUAUCUUCAAUCUAAUGUCGUAGAUCCCAAUUUCGAUGAACUUCUGACAACCAUUGCAGUUGGAGCAGAAAACCAACAGGUUGACCCCCAGACAAUCACAGCAUGUCAUGAAAAGAUCAUUAAAAAUAUUUACUUACAUUCAUUUAUAGGUGAUAUGAAGAUGAGAACCUAUUUAAGGAAGCUGUUGAUCUUGUGCAAUGCGCUCUGCGGGCCCAUAGAACAUGAUUUCUCAAAUGAUAGUCGUAUUUCAAUACUGAUCGAUAAUAUCCAGAUAUAUCUGGGUCAACAGGAAAUUAUCACUCCAGCCAUCAACCAGUUGAUUCUCAGAUUAGACACCACAACAAUAAGUUAG